CACGUAGGAGGGACUACAAGUCUACAACAACAGAAUAACCAUUUUCCCUCUGUCUCCCUAACUAACCACUACCACUUUUAUUACACAACACAACAUUUCCAUCUCUUGGUUCCUUUUUAAAUAACCCAUUGACCAAUGACAACGAAAGAACGGUGGGUAAGUGGGUCACUCCCUCUACACGAUCUCCUCACUCUCGCUCUUCAGCUGCCACUUCCCAUUUCCCAAUUCGUCCAACUUCAAACUCAUUCACAACUCAAACCUUCUAACUAUUUUCAUUUCCUUUUUCUUCUUUGCCUUCAUCAUCAGCCUCCUAUUCUCUUUUUCUUCUUCAGCAAUGAGUUUCCAAGAUAUCCAAGGCGGCCCUAACGCAGCCGUGCGAAGAAGCCAGUCUCCGUCGCAGGCCAUCGCCGCCGGAAUCUUCCAGAUCAACACUUCCGUCGCCACUUUCCGCCGCCUCGUUGAUUCUCUUGGAACCGUUAAAGACACUCCCGACCACCGCCAGAAGCUGCACAACACGAGACAGAGGAUAUUGAAGCUGGUGAAGGAUAUUUCUGCUAAGCUCAAGUCGUUGAGUGAAUCUGAUCGCCAUGCUUCUGGUGCUAAUGCUAACAAGAAAAUUGAAGAUGCUAAGCUAGCAAGAGAUUUCCAAACCACAUUGCAGGAAUUCCAGAAGGUGCAGCAGCUUGCAUCCGAGCGCGAAUCGACUUACACCCCUACUACUGCCCCUCCGCCCUCUUUUCCAACAAGCUCUGGCUCUGGUGAAGAAUCCGGUGAGAGAGACCAGGAAAGCCAACCUUUUAUGAGGGAGCAAAGAAGGCAAGAGGUACUUCUCUUGGAUAAUGAAAUCUCCUUCAAUGAGGCCAUGAUUGAAGAAAGAGAACAGGGUAUUAGAGAGGUAGAAGAACAAAUCGGACAAGCAAAUGACAUAUUCAAGGACCUGGCUGUCCUUGUUCAUGACCAAGGGGUUGUUAUUGAUGACAUUCAAUCGAACAUCGAUAAUUCCGCUGCUGCAACAACCCAAGCGAGAGUUCAGUUAGCAAAAGCUUCCAAAAGUGUGAAAUCUAGAACCUCAUGGUGUUGGUGGGCGCUUGUAAUUUUUGUGGUGAUUGUGGUGAUCAUACUUGUUGUACUGAUUAUUUAGGGUGCGAGUGAAUACAAAAGUGGACAAAUUUCUUUUAUUUCCUCAAUGUUACAUUUCCGAGAAUGAUUUUGAUAAAUGUUUGAAUCCAUGAGUGCUUUGUAGUGUGAAGAAUAUUUUGACUAAAAGAAAUAUGUUGAGCGUAUUGCUGCCCUCUGCAGUCGCCAGUUUAUAUCUUAGCAAAGAAUUAGCAACUGGUUGAAACUUGGAGGAGUGAUUGUUGGUAAGGCGAUUUUAAGAAAGGCAUUGCCUAUAUUUUGUAAUUAGAUUUGUAUUAUAGAAUGUGCAGUUGAUUUUGCUAGAAGAUUGGUAUCCUAAUGCCAAUUACCAA